CAGGCCCGCACCGGAAGUAAGGUCUCGAGCGCCUCAGAGACGCCGGAAGUGGUGCUCGCAAUGCUCUGAGAGGAAGGCUGGGGGGCUUCUCUCCUCUCUCGGUGCUUUGCAGGGCUAGUGGUGGCUCGUCGGAUCCUCUCUUUCCUCUUCCCUUCCCCUGACCCCAGAGAUGUCGGCGAUCCCGGCCGAGGAGAGCGACCAGCUACUGAUCCGACCGCUUGGGGCUGGACAAGAAGUAGGAAGAUCAUGUAUUAUUCUGGAGUUCAAAGGAAGAAAAAUAAUGUUGGAUUGUGGAAUUCAUCCUGGCUUAGAAGGAAUGGAUGCUCUUCCUUACAUUGAUUUGAUAGAUCCUGCUGAAAUUGAUCUCCUCUUAAUUAGUCAUUUCCAUUUAGAUCACUGUGGAGCCUUACCUUGGUUUCUGCAGAAGACAAGUUUCAAAGGAAGAACAUUUAUGACUCAUGCUACAAAAGCUAUUUACAGAUGGCUUCUUUCAGAUUAUGUCAAAGUUAGUAACAUAUCAGCGGAUGACAUGCUAUAUACUGAGACAGAUUUAGAAGAGAGUAUGGACAAAAUUGAAACUAUCAACUUUCAUGAAGUUAAGGAAGUUGCAGGAAUCAAAUUUUGGUGUUAUCAUGCGGGCCAUGUUCUGGGAGCAGCCAUGUUUAUGAUUGAGAUCGCUGGUGUAAAGCUUUUAUAUACAGGUGAUUUCUCAAGACAAGAAGAUAGGCACUUAAUGGCAGCUGAAAUUCCUAAUAUUAAACCAGAUAUUCUUAUUAUUGAAUCUACGUAUGGGACUCACAUUCAUGAAAAACGAGAAGAGCGAGAGGCAAGAUUCUGUAACACUGUUCAUGACAUUGUGAAUAGAGGUGGCAGAGGUCUCAUUCCUGUCUUUGCUCUGGGACGAGCUCAAGAACUUCUUCUGAUUUUAGAUGAGUAUUGGCAGAAUCAUCCAGAACUCCAUGACAUUCCAAUAUACUAUGCAUCAUCUUUGGCUAAGAAGUGUAUGGCAGUGUACCAGACCUAUGUGAAUGCCAUGAAUGACAAAAUCCGCAAACAAAUCAAUAUCAAUAAUCCUUUUGUUUUCAAACACAUUAGUAAUCUCAAGAGCAUGGAUCAUUUUGAUGACAUUGGCCCAAGUGUUGUGAUGGCUUCGCCAGGUAUGAUGCAGAGUGGCUUAUCCAGAGAAUUAUUUGAAAGUUGGUGUACUGAUAAAAGAAAUGGUGUAAUUAUAGCAGGAUACUGCGUCGAGGGAACACUUGCCAAGCAUAUCAUGUCUGAACCUGAAGAGAUCACUACCAUGUCUGGACAGAAGCUGCCCCUGAAGAUGUCUGUAGAUUAUAUUUCUUUCUCGGCUCACACAGAUUACCAGCAAACCAGCGAAUUUAUUCGAGCUUUGAAGCCUCCACAUGUGAUACUGGUGCAUGGAGAGCAGAAUGAAAUGGCAAGAUUGAAAGCAGCAUUGAUAAGAGAAUACGAAGAUAAUGAUGAGGUUCACAUAGAAGUUCACAAUCCUCGAAAUACUGAAGCAGUAACAUUAAAUUUCCGAGGAGAAAAAUUAGCCAAGGUUAUGGGCUUCUUAGCAGACAAGAAACCUGAACAAGGACAACGUGUUUCAGGAAUCCUAGUUAAACGAAACUUUAAUUAUCAUAUUCUUUCUCCUUGUGAUCUUUCCAAUUAUACAGAUUUAGCAAUGAGCACUGUAAAACAGAUUCAAGCCAUUCCCUACACUGGUCCUUUUAGUUUGCUGUUUUAUCAGCUACAGAAACUGACAGGUGAUGUAGAAGAAAUUGACAUUCAGCAAAAACCAGCUUUGAAAGUGUUCAAAAAUAUUACUGUAAUACAGGAACCAGGCAUGGUAGUAUUAGAGUGGUUAGCAAAUCCUUCCAAUGAUAUGUAUGCAGAUACAGUAACAACAGUGAUCCUUGAAGUUCAGUCAAACCCCAAAAUACAGAAAGGUGCAGUACCUAAGGUAUCAAAAAAAAUAGAAAUGCACAUUUACAGCAAGAGAUUGGAGAUUAUGCUUCAGGACAUAUUUGGGGAAGAUUGUGUAAGUGUCAAAGAAGGAUCCAUUCUAAGUGUCACAGUGGAUGGAAAGACUGCCAAUAUAUCUUUGGAGACACGAACAGUAGAAUGUGAAGAAGGAAGUGAAGAGGAUGAGUCCCUUCGAGAAAUGGUAGAACUUGCUGCACAAAGACUCUUUGAGGCCCUCACACCAGUUCAUUAAAAACUAUAUUUCCAUGUAUAUUAAAAUAUUUUUAAUCCUUGAUUCUGUUUCCAGUACUUUAAAGAAAUAAAGUACUUUAGUUUCCCUUGAGUAGCACACAUACUUUCUGACAGAAAAAUGUCUUGGCUACUCUUUGGAUAUCACUAAUAUGUUAUACUUCAGGGUUUUGUGGCAUCAAUGCAAACUGCAACCUCUCUUCACCUUAUGUGGUCAUCCUGAGUUUCUUUUGCCAAAAACAAAUUCAUCAUGUUGUGGCCAACCUUUAGGUGGUGCGUUAUUUUUAAAAAAUACAAGCGCUUCUUCCAACCAAGUAGCUUCUACUAAAGUUAUUAGAAUUGGCCUAGAUCCAAAUGACUAAAAAGUUUAUCUUACUGUGUGAUCUUUCAAGGAAGGGAACCAUAUGUGUUCCUUUUUUUUUUUUUAAUAUGA